AUGCGCGCAGUGUUACGUCACCUCGACGUCUCCCAGCCUCGCGUCGGACAAUACACGUGCCACUAUUUACGUCGCGCGACACAAUUUUACCGUAUGAAUGGCGGGGUCAGGGAACUAGAUCUCGCCCGCUGCCCGAUGGGUGGCCCGCUCUGUCGUGGAGACAAGUGGAGCCCGCCGAAGAUUACUCCCGCGGUCCGCGCGAAUCAA